GAGAGGGAGCAGGAUAGAGCGAGAGAGAGGGAGCAGGAUAGAGCGAGAGAGAGGGAGCAGGAGCAUGAGCCACCCUGGCUGAAUAGAGUGGCUCACGACACUCAGUGAACAGAAGGUGCUUCCUCCUGUACAGUAAAGCCACCAGGCGAGAGCUGCUCUGUCUGCAAGCAGAGGAGCCACGGCUCGUUACCUCACAGCUACAGUGGCUAGAGCUCAGACCACAAUGGACAUAAAAACAGGAAGAGAGGAGGAAUCCAACUAAAACAAGAUCAAUCUGUGGGAUUCACAUACCAGGGAGCAGAAGAUUUUUUUGCCUUCAUUAUACGUACAUCUUUUACUGAACUUUGAAGAAAAAUAAAAAAAAUACAACGAUCAGUUUGGACUAAUGCUAGUUGCUUGCAAAGCAGGAGAGUAACAGGAGCUGACAGAGCAGGGGCACGAUCAGCAUGGAGAGCUGCCCGGGUGGGAUUCUCCCCCUGGCAUUUUGCCUGUGAGAAUCAUAGCGGCGAAGGACGACACUCAUGCGGAUGCAGACUGCGAGCCGCUCAUUCUGCUCUGCAAAGAGCUGCUCAGAACCCGCUCCUCCGUGGUUUCUGCAUGUCCAGAGAGCGAAGACGCUGUAGCUUUGCCACAUUCGGGACUCCCAGGGAAAGAGGUGCUGGAUUUUGGGGUCAUUUUGCGUUUGUGCGUAAUUCCUGCUGGAGCAGAGCGAGCUGCUGAAUGUAGACAGUCCGUCUGUGAUAAGGGGUGAGUUAGAAAAUCCUUUUAUAUAAAUUCAGUUCACACAUAUGUGUUUUUACCACCUCUAAUUUAAAAUGAACAAACCAUCUUAUUUAGGGCAGGAUUCCUAUUUGGUCUAAAUAAACUGAAAAUAUUCACUGAAAACAUUCAGUGCUUAAGAGAGAUCAUCACUUUCUGCCAGAGACUUCAAUCACAAACAAUGUAGGAUUUCAGCUGUUUGAAGGACUCUGCCUUCGCCUCAGCCAGGCAUAUUCAUGCCGAUGGAUUUCCUCCUGACUUACUUGUACCUUAAGUGGUUGCACAGAAAGGCCCCUGGAUUAGUGCUUUGUUCACUAGUCAUCAGCCUGAAAAGCAUGUCCAUCCUGGGGGACGUCUGUCCCAGGCUGUGUCGCUGCGACGCCAAGCUGGCGUACUGUGAUGGACUCAAUCUGACUGAGGUACCACACAAUCUCAGCAGUGCUAUGGGCUUGUCUCUGCGGGACAACAGCCUUACAGAGCUGCGAGAGAGACAGUUUUCCAGCCUGACUCAGCUAACGUGGCUCUAUCUGGACCGUAACAGCAUCGAGUCCGUGGAGGAGAAUUCCUUUGCAAGAUUGCGGAGGGUGAAGGAGCUCAACCUCAGCACUAACAAGAUCAACAGUCUGCCCAACUCCACGUUCAGAGACCUGCCCAACCUUCGCAUUUUGGAUUUAUCACACAACAACAUCCAGGCACUGGAACCCAACCUUUUCUAUGGCCUCAGGAAGCUGAGCGACCUGCACCUGCGGCACAAUGCCAUCAAGUAUGUUCCUGUGAGGAGCUUUCAAGACUGCCGGAGCAUGAAGUUCUUAGAUCUGGGCCACAAUCGGCUGCAGAGCCUGGCACGCAACUCCUUUGCCGGCUUGGUGAAGCUCACUGAGCUGCACCUGGAGCACAACGAACUGGUGAAGGUCAAUCUGGCCCAUUUCCCCCGACUGCUUUCCCUGCGCAGCCUCUACAUGGACCACAACAGGGCGACCAUCGUGGUGAGCACGCUGGACUGGACCUAUCAGUUCCUGGAGAGGAUCGAUUUCUCAGGGAACGCAAUCGAGUAUAUUGAACCUCACGUGUUUGAUAGUGUGCCAAAUCUGAAAUCCCUGAAGCUGGAUCUUAACAAGCUGACCUACAUUGACCAGAGGAUCCUGAACUCUUGGGCAUCCCUCACCAGCAUCACACUGUCAGGGAACACAUGGGAAUGCAGCAGGAAUGUCUGUGCCCUGGCCUCCUGGCUGAGCAACUUCAAGGGCCAAUGUGAUGAUGGCCUGCUGUGCUCUAGCCCGGACAUGACCCAGGGUGAGGACAUCCUUGACGCUGUGUAUGCUUUCCAACUCUGCGAGGAUUCUGUAGACGCCACAACACAAAUGUACACCAUGAGCAGGGAGAGGGCCAGGGGUUACAGCCAUGAAGAAGCCACCAUGAACCCCCAUGGACUGCAGCACACCGAGGCGGGGCCGAUGGUGACAAGCUCCUUCACAGUGACUGAUGCUAGCAAUGACCUCGAGAGCACUAUGCACAUCCACAAGGUGGUCACCGGCACCAUGGCCUUGAUCUUCUCCUUCCUGAUUGCAGUGCUCAUGCUCUAUGUGUGCUGGAAGUGCUUUCCAGCUAGUGUGAGAAGGAUAAGGAAUUGCUUUGCCAGCCAGAGGCGCAAGCAAAAGCAGAAGCAGACCAUGCAGCAGAUGGCGGCCAUGUCCGCACAGGAGUACUAUGUCGAUUACAAACCCAACCACAUCGAGGGCGCCUUAGUCAUUAUCAACGAGUAUGGAUCAUGCACCUGCCAGCAACAGGCGUCACGUGAGUGCGAGGUGUGAACUGCGGACCCUGUGGUCCUUAAAGAUGAUACAGAACCAACACUGCACUGAUGAGGACCGACUGUGACUGUGGAUUUACUGCUGCGCUACAGCUGCAGCUUCUCUUCUCCUCCCCAACACUGAAGACGAGCACUGUUGCUCUUUCAAAGGGUGGAUAUUCUAGCUUUAAUGUGCCCUUUAUCUCGAGGAUAUUCAAACCAUCUUGGCACAGCUUCAAUCAGUUUUCGCUGUCAGACAACCAAUAAGGAGAUACUUUAAAAUAUGAUGAAGCCGAAAUGCAAAAGCAGAUUAAG